ACCAUGGCGAUAUAUCACGUGAUCGUAAACCUCGCAUUAAAGUAUAAAUUCUAUUUAUUUUUUUUAUCAGGGUUUUUGGCUCUUGACAUCGUGAAUCGCGACAAUCGUGACUGAUCGUGACUAACGAUUUAGCUUGGUAUAUUGCCAAAUGAUUGAAAUGGCAGAGGCAGCAAUGGAUAACUCUGGCAAGCUUGUGAAGAUGGAAGUGGAUUAUAGCAGCACUUGUGACGUAAAAAUUCCAGAAUGCAAGAAACUGGCUGCCGAAGGAAAGCUACACGAUGCUCUGGAUCAAUUGUUAGCUUUAGAGAAACUUACUAGAACUGGUGCCGAUAUGGCAUCAACUUCCAGACUUCUUAUAGCCAUAGUUGAAAUUUGUCUGGAGGCAAAGAAUUGGUCAGCACUUAAUGAACAUAUAAUUUUAUUAUCCAAGAGGCGCUCUCAACUUAAGCAGGCUGUUACAAAGAUGGUUCAAGAGUGCUGUACUUAUAUAGAUAAAAUGCCUAAUAAAGAAACUAUGGUGAAGUUAAUAGAAACUCUUCGUUCAGUUACAGAAGGAAAGAUAUAUGUGGAAGUGGAAAGGGCAAGGCUUACACAUCGUUUAGCCAAAAUAAAAGAAGCAGAGGGAGAUAUUGCGGGAGCUGCAGCUGUAAUGCUUGAAUUACAAGUGGAAACAUAUGGCAGUAUGUCACGUCGGGAGAAAGCUUCGCUCAUCUUGGAGCAAAUGCGACUUUGUUUGGCGAAACAAGAUUUUAUGAGAACUCAAAUUAUAGCAAAAAAAAUUAAUGUUAAGUUCUUUAGUGAUGAGAAUGAUGAAGAGACUCAAACAUUGAAAUUAAAGUAUUAUGAUUUGAUGAUGGAACUAGCACGUCAUGAAGGUUGGCAUUUGGAGUUGUGUCGACAUAACCGAGCGGUAUUGGAAACUCCAGCAAUUCGAGAUGAUCCAGAGAAAAGACACAUCGCGCUUUCUCGAGCAGUCUUGUAUCUUGUACUCGCUCCACACGAACCUGAGCAGGCUGAUCUAACUCAUCGAUUACUUGCUGAUAAACUCCUCGACGAGAUACCGACUUACAAAGAAUUAUUGCACUUAUUUGUUAAUCCUGAGCUGAUAAAGUGGUCAGGAUUAUGUGAAAUUUAUGAGAGAGAUCUCAGAUCAACUGAAGUUUUUUCUUCUUUGACUGAAGAAGGACGCAAACGAUGGACAGAUCUGCGAAACCGCGUUGUAGAACAUAAUAUAAGGAUUAUGGCUAAAUAUUACACCAAGAUUACAUUGACUCGCAUGGCUGAGUUACUGGAUCUUCCAACUGAAGAAACAGAAUCUUGUCUUUGCAAUUUAGUAGAGACUGGAGUAAUCAAUGCACGUACUGAUCGUCCAGCUGGUGUAGUUCGUUUUACUGGUACACAAGAACCAGCUGCUCUUUUAGAUACAUGGGCUGCAUCAUUGUCGAAAUUGAUGGGCCUCGUGAAUCAUACUACACAUUUAAUUCAUCAAGAAGAGAUGUUGGCUGUUGCGCAAUCUUAAAAUUAACACACACACACACACACACACACACACAGAGAGGGAGAGAGAGAGAGAGAGAGAGAAAAGAGCUAUUGUAUGCCAUCAAUAUUAAAAAUUUAGUUUAUUCAACAUGGUAUUUACAUUGUCUCUAUGUGGAGAUAGAAUUUGUAUGCAUUAUAAAUAACAUUUUAUAUUGAUCAUUUAUUUUGAUGUGUAAUACAAUAAAAAGUAGAAAAUUUAUAUGUA